AUGAAGUAAUUCUCAGUUUUUAAAGAGAAAGAAAAAGAAGAGUCGCAUUUUUAUCUUGUAAAUAUGUUGUUUGAUUAGUGUAUUUUUCAGUGCAUUUUUUGGUUUUUACACAUUUUUUUAAACAAUUUUCAAAAGAGGAAAAUAGAAAAAAGAUCAAUCAUCAUAAAUCGCCAUGCCCCCGAUCGUUGGUACCGUCAUGGCUGCUAACGCCUUGGGCAAUAUGAUUUGCUCGCGCUGCGAAGAAGGAUUCGAAGUGCACGAGAAAAUUGUCAAUUCAAAUGGGGAACUUUGGCAUACGCAGUGUUUUGUUUGUGCUCAGUGCUUUCGUGCCUUCCAGGAUGGCAUCUUCUAUGAAUUCGAAGGUCGCAAGUAUUGUGAACGUGAUUUUCAUGUUCUUUUUGCUCCGUGUUGCAACAAAUGCGGUGAAUUCGUCAUUGGACGCGUUAUAAAGGCUAUGGCCGCCAGCUGGCAUCCACAGUGCUUCUGUUGUGAAUCUUGCCACAAAGAACUGGCCGAUUGUGGAUUUAUUCGUAAUCAAAAUCGCGCUUUGUGCCACGAUUGCAAUGCCAGAGAAAAGGCAGGCGAACUUGGAAAAUACAUUUGCCAUAAAUGCCAUGGCAUUAUUGAUGGUCCACCACUUCGAUUCCGUGGUGAAGUCUACCACGGCUACCAUUUUAAUUGUACGUCGUGCAACUGUGAAUUGGAUUCGACGGCUCGUGAAGUGAAAAGUCGUCCAGGUUUUGCAGCCAAUGACAUGAAUGAGUUGUAUUGCUUGCGUUGCCACGAUAAAAUGGGUAUCCCAAUCUGUGGUGCUUGUCGUCGUCCGAUCGAAGAGCGUGUUGUUACCGCCCUCGGGAAAAAUUGGCACGUCGAGCAUUUUGUGUGUGCCAAGUGUGAAAAACCAUUCUUAGGGCAUCGGCACUACGAGAAACGUGGCUUAGCCUACUGUGAAACGCAUUACCAUCAACUGUUCGGCAACUUGUGCUUCGUUUGCAAUCAAGUCAUCGGUGGUGAUGUUUUCACCGCUUUGAACAAGGCCUGGUGUGUGCAUCAUUUCUCAUGCUCCGUUUGCGACACUAAAAUGACGCAAAAGUCCAAAUUCUACGAAUAUGACGAGAAGCCCGUUUGCAAGAAAUGCUACGAGAAGUUCCCAACUGAGCUCCGUCGCCGAUUAAGAAUAUCACAUGAAAACACCAUGAAGAAGCCAACAUAAAAAGCCCAACAUUUGUUUUUUUUAAACUUCCACCUGGAAUAAAACACCCAUCUUCACGAAGAAAGAACGAGAAAAACUCCGAAUCCAUUACUGCCAAAAUGAAGAUGAAGCCAACGAAUUUUCUGUAGUCGUAUUUAUGGCCAAUGGGAACAUUGUUGUAUCCGAAAAACCAAUUAUUAACCUUAACCAAAACAUGAAAUUAACAAGACCAUAGUCACUUGGAUAUUUAAAUUUUUGUUUAUUAUUUUAUUUUAAUUGAAUAAUAUCCGUAUUUUUCUCUUUUGUAUGAUUUAUCUUUAACAAUGUUUAUUUUGUAUUGAAUUCAUUGUGCCUAAACUGUAUGAUUCAUGUGCCUUAUAUAAAAAUACAAUUAAUUCAAUGCAUAUUUCGAAAUGAACGAUUCUAAUCGAGAUCAUUUGUAUUAAUACCGAUUUUGAUUCUAAUCAAACGGUCGAAUCUCAUCAAUUCGAGACUUACAAUGCUUAGGCUAGUUUCAAUUGAUGAUGAACAACUUGAUAGUCUUCAUACUUGUCAUUCAAUUUCUGUUCUAGCUCAAUCUACUGAACAUAAACAAACAUUCGCAACAUAACAACAAAUGCAAAAAAAUACCGAAUAUCUGAUCUUUAGGUCAUCGUGCAUGGUGAGACUUCCAAUGAUUCAGAUAUCGUUGCAUUAUUAUGCGAUGUCAAGUGGGAACAUUUUCAUCUCGAAAACUUAUUUUAGUUGUAGCAAUGCGAUAUUCACAGUUGUCGAGACUUGCUCGAAUACUUAAAAUAAAACUUAAUAAAUGUUCAAAAUCUAACACAAUUCGACUGAGUUUUGAUAUUUGCAAAAUUGCAACAAUUUUCUCCGACAGGAUGCUCUUUCAUUAUAGCUCUAGCAUUUUUACAGCCUGCACUGUGACAAAUGGAAAGAUAUCGUACUCUUCCAAAUUGAUGAUCGCUUCCUUCAGUGUCUCGUGGCGAUGUGACAUCAGCAGCUGUGAAAUGGAACGAACAAAAUUGCUUUUAGAAUAUGAUAACGAUUUGCAACCUUCCGCUCGAAGCAUCAAAUGAUUGCUUUGCACUUUACCUUUUUGAUUUGUGGUUUGAGCUCGUCUCUGGACAGAGCUAGAAUCACGGCUCCGAAAUGGAACUGCUUCAUUGCGAUGCACGUUUCGACCAAAUCGACGAAAUUGAGCUUGUGUUUGACUGGACACGAUUGAAGAAUGAACAAUGAUUUGGACAGCGCUUCAUCUUGUUCAUCUGUGCGUAGUUUGCCCAUGUUCUUGAACGGUAAUCGAAUUAAAUAAUUAAAGGCGGCCACAAUGCCAUCCGAAUGAACGAUUUCUGGCUUCACCGAGAUUUUGUUGAUAAUCGAAUUGAGCUCAUCGGCCAUGUGUAGAGCGACCAUUUGCCGUAAGACAUUGUUCCAAAUUUUCGGCUCAUAAAUGUUAUAGCCCAAACAGAUGUACGUGAUGACACUCAAUGCCUUCGGAUUCGUUGCAUGCGACGACCAAAUUUGCUUUAGAAUUUUGAUUUUAUCAUACGAUUGGAACUUUUCAAUCGACAACAUAUAACCGAACGGCUUCAAAUGAUGCACACAUUUCAGUGCAAUGUACUUUGAUUCUUCGACAAAUUCUAAGAAUGUUGGGUUCAUAUCUUUGUUGGCCAAUUUGAUGAGACAUUCGAACAGCUGCAGCUGACGGCUGGUGUUCAUGCUUUCGCCCUGCCCAGUGAAUAUAUUGUUGAUGAUAAAUUGUGACGCACCCACUGGAUCCCAUGAUUUGAGUAUGUAGUAUGCUCUGAAAUGAGGAGAAAUCGUUAGCCUAUUCGAUUGAUUAUUAACAAAAACUGAGAAAAAUUGACAUACUUUUCAACCGAAAGAUUGGCAUUCUCGUCUUCAUCUUUCAUUGGUGUAACGGUUGAAUUGAGCUCAUCAUCAUACAGCGUUUGCUCCAGUGGGUUAUUUUCAUUCGUUGCUCCAACUGCAAGCCAUUGCUUUAGCAGACUCGUUUGAAUGUCAUGGAAUUUCAAUCCAAACAAUUUGGCAAAUUCUUCGGCCACCUUGUUCACAUCGCACUUGGAAUCGGUGUUGUUCAAAUUUGUGCGAUUGUACAGUGCUUUGAUGAGCUCUUGUGGAUUGGCAAUCAAGUCAGACAAAUCAUCAUCGUACAAGCCGUACAAGUGCAGUUGAUGUUGCACUUUAAGCACCGAAUACUUGCUUUUGAUUUUAAGAGCAAGAUCUUUCGAUCGUUGCACUUCGUUCAGCGCCGCUUGAUUUUGUUUGACAAACUUGUAGCAUUGAUAUGCGGCUUCCAAUUGAUCGGCCCCUUCUGGUGCAUUGCUGAACACCAUAUACAAAACCAAUAAAAUGCGAUGAAUAUCUUUCAUAUGAUACACAACAUGCAUCACCGACUGUAAGAAUGCAUUAUUCACCGGUUGCAAGCACCACGCGCUAUGCUCCUUAUUGCUCGAUUGACGCUCGCUUAGCACUUUUUUGAACACGGUCAUGCAUAGCGUAUCUUUUUCCUGGUCGAUUUCAACAGCAUUCACAAUGCCAUGCAUAUGUGAACUGAACUUGAUCAACGGGAACCAUUCAACACAAUCUUCGAUUGUCACCACGUCUCC